UAGUGUUUGUUCCGGAAACAUGUCUGGACGCGGCAAGGGCGGGAAGGGCCUAGGCAAGGGGGGCGCCAAGCGCCACCGCAAGGUGCUGCGCGACAACAUCCAGGGCAUCACCAAGCCCGCCAUCCGGCGGCUGGCCCGGCGCGGCGGCGUGAAGCGCAUCUCCGGCCUCAUCUACGAGGAGACCCGCGGGGUGCUCAAGGUGUUCCUGGAGAACGUGAUCCGGGACGCCGUCACCUACACGGAGCACGCCAAGCGCAAGACGGUCACGGCCAUGGACGUGGUGUACGCGCUCAAGCGCCAGGGCCGCUGGGCGGGGCGGGCGCCUACUGUCCAAUCAGGAUUCGAGGGUCGCUAUAAGUACUGGGACCCGUGUUCUUGAUCCCGCAGUGCUGAGUAGCUAGACCUAGUUGUCAUGGCUCGCACGAAGCAGACGGCGCGCAAGUCGACGGGCGGCAAGGCCCCGCGCAAGCAGCUGGCCACCAAGGCGGCCCGCAAGAGCGCGCCGGCCACCGGCGGCGUCAAGAAGCCGCACCGCUACCGGCCCGGCACGGUGGCCCUGCGCGAGAUCCGCCGCUACCAGAAGUCCACCGAGCUGCUGAUCCGCAAGCUGCCGUUCCAGCGGCUGGUGCGCGAGAUCGCGCAGGACUUCAAGACCGACCUGCGCUUCCAGAGCUCGGCCGUGAUGGCGCUGCAGGAGGCGUGCGAGGCCUACCUGGUGGGGCUUUUCGAGGACACCAACCUGGCUUUAAUUGCAGCUAUGUCUGGUCGCGGCAAAGGCGGGAAGGGUCUGGGCAAGGGGGGCGCCAAGCGCCACCGCAAGGUGCUGCGCGACAACAUCCAGGGCAUCACCAAGCCCGCCAUCCGGCGGCUGGCCCGGCGCGGCGGCGUCAAGCGCAUCUCCGGCCUCAUCUACGAGGAGACCCGCGGGGUGCUCAAGGUGUUCCUGGAGAACGUGAUCCGGGACGCCGUCACCUACACGGAGCACGCCAAGCGCAAGACGGUCACGGCCAUGGACGUGGUGUACGCGCUCAAGCGCCAGGGCCGCACCCUCUACGGCUUCGGGGGCUGAGCGCCCGGGACCCACUACGACCUCCCCAAGCACAGAAAAGGCCCUUUUCAGGGCCC